UUGUGACGGUGUCACGUGACACGUUCUACCGCCUACGAAGUCUACUGUCGAAGUUGUAAGAAGUUUUACCUGCGAGAUAUUGUGGUAUAUAUUUGCUUUUAAACUCACUACUGCCAUGGCAGAACUAAGUUUUGUGAUUUCCAUGUCCGUCAUGACCUUAUUUUGGGGCAUUGUUGGAGGCGUGGUGCCCUGGUUUAUCCCCAAAGGACCAAACAGAGGAGUUAUUAUCACAAUGCUGGUGUUAACUGCUGUUUGCUGCUACUUGUUCUGGUUGAUUGCCAUUCUGGCUCAGCUGAACCCACUGUUUGGACCGUCAUUGUCCACUGAUGCCAUCUGGUAUUUGAACUAUCACUGGCCUUAAUGAUCCAAUGCAGACAACUCUCCUGCAGAUGCUGCUGCAACACCGUGGAGCGUUUUCGCUUAACUUCCAGCCACGGUCCACAUUUUGAAAUCGCCUUAAUGUCACUUCCUUGUGUGCUAACAGAGUGUCUUUCACACUUGUGCCUUGUACAGAAUACCAAAAGGACUAUCUUAA